AUGGCCGCACGACGGCAUGGGUGUUUCACCGCACUACUGCCCAGCCUGGCCGUAGGGCUGACGGUGCCACUCCUGAUGGUGGUGCCGCUUCUGAUCGGCAUCGCAACCGGCCAGGAACAAACGACAGAGGUCACGUCAGAGGGCCACUACUCAGGCAAAUCUGAUCAGCAACCACCAGGUCCGAAUCAGCUCGGUGCCGCCUGGCAGAUCUUUGGCUCUAACUCCAUGCGUCAGUCAGGUGACGGGCGCGUCGUCAAGACGAAACCCCGCAAACCGAAACCACACCAAAAGGACAUCAGGCCACAGUUGCCACCGGGCAAGAUCGUAAUGGCACCGCCCAGACGACGUAACUUCCACCAGGCCACGCAGUACCCAAAGAACGCCUCGAUCGCCAUUGACCGUAGUGCGGGACUCUCGCAUCAUCCCAUCGGAAGUCACCCAGGUGGAAGCGUGUAUGGGUCUAUGACCCACUAUGACACGCUGUACGGUAUACGAGGAGUCGAGCGCAGAGACAACGAUGGUUAUCGACCAUUCGAUCGCCACAGUCCGAGUGCCCAUCUUGGGCACUAUCACAUCCACCCGGAAGAUGACAUCUUCCGAUCGGACGAGGAACUACUGAUGGAGUCCGGCGGUGGAGGUGGUACACCUGGCAAGACGGACGGUCUACCUGGGUUAGAGAACUGCGACAUUAAGUGUGAACCGCGCGAGUUCAGGUGUGAUAAGAGUUGCGCCUGCAUCCACAUGGAUCUGCAUUGCGAUGGUCAGGCGGACUGCGUGCUGACAGAGGAUGAGCAGGACUGCGAGAUCGUGCACCAGCGGUUGGCUCAGCAGAUUAAGGACAACUGUGAGACGAGUGGUACGCACGUCAUCUGCGCUACCACACACAUCUGUAUCUCGCGGGAUUGGUUGUGUGAUGGGGAUGAUGACUGCGGUGACUACACGGAUGAGACGCACUGUGGGUCACGGCUCGAAUGUACGGAGGAGAAGUUCGAGUGCCAGAAUGGCAUGUGUAUACCCCGGGACUGGGUGUGCGAUGGUGACAACGACUGCAACGACCUGUCGGACGAGAAGAACUGCACGAAACAAUGCACCCGCGAUGAGUUCCGUUGCAAGGAUGGCUCAUGCAUCUCGGCGUCCUUCCAGUGUGACGGUGAAACGGAUUGCAUCGACGAGUCGGACGAAGCUGACUGCGAUCGGCCGAUGCAGAACUGUCCGGAGGGUGAGUUCAAAUGCAAGGGCGUGUUGGGUGGCAUGGGCGGUCCAGGUGGUCGCUGUGUCCUGAUGCGCUUCCGGUGUGACGGCGACAAUGACUGUGGCGAUUGGAGCGAUGAGGAGAACUGCCCCAAGAAGCAGGUUGAUUGCAUGAUCAACGAGUUCAAGUGCGACGACGGUGAUUGCAUCCCACUGCAGUGGCGUUGUGAUGACAAGCAGGACUGCAACAAUGGUGAGGACGAGAAGAGUUGUCCGGUGGAUCGAGUCGCUGGCAGGACCUGCUCACCAGAUGAGUACACCUGCAAGGAUGGUAGAUGCAUACUGAGAUCUUGGGUGUGCGAUGGAACCGCCGACUGUCGACGUGGUGAGGAUGAGCAGGACUGUGACAUCAAGUGCGAGCUGAAUCAGUUCUUAUGUGCAUCGGGCAGCCGGAACAGCACCCGUGACUCGGUGUGCAUCAACCAGAAGCACGUAUGUGAUGGCCACAGCGAUUGCGCGAACGGUGAAGACGAGAUGCGAUGUCCAAUCGUUCACCCAUGCGGGGCUCACUCUCGCUGUGAACAGCUCUGUGUGACAGCAUACAGUGGUCGAGAGGAGUGUAUGUGCCGACCUGGGUAUCUGCUACACGGUAACGGCUACAACUGCACCGACAUUGACGAAUGCGCCAUCACAAGCGUCCCAGUGUGCUCUCAGGAGUGCUCGAACGUUGCCGGGAGCUUCCGAUGUUCAUGUCAGCCGGGGUAUGUCUUACGACCUGAUCAACGCACCUGCAAAGCGGUCGGAGGCUCUGUCAAACUGCUGAUGGCAAACCGAGCCGACAUCCGACAGGUGUCACUCAGCAACAACCAGUACACAUCGAUCGCGAAAGGGCUACCAAACGCGAUCGCUCUCGACUAUCACUACCGGCAGGACCUGCUCUUCUGGACGGACGUCUCGAUAGACGUCAUCAAGCGGUCACAUUUGAACGGGAGUGGAGUUCGGGACGUCAUCAAGUGGGGUUUGGAGUCUCCCGGUGGUCUAGCAGUAGACUGGAUCCAUGAUCUUCUAUUUUGGACCGAUUCUGGAACACGUCGUGUGGAGGUGUCUACUCUCGACGGGCAGAUGCGCGCGGUAUUGGCAGCGAGUGACCUCGACAAGCCCCGUGCCAUCGCCGUUCAUCCAGGGCGAGCUCUCGUCUUCUGGACCGACUGGGGCACUGCUCCUAAGAUCGAGCGUGCCUUCAUGGACGGUUCCGAACGGCAAACGAUCGUAGCUGAGGCCAUCUUCUGGCCAAACGGGCUCACGAUCGACUACACCAGCAAUCGGAUCUACUGGGCGGACGCGAAGCACGUCAUCGAGAGUGCCGGUUUCGAUGGACGCGCUCGACGUAAGAUCCUCAGCAACAACCUGCCACACCCAUUCGCGCUCGCGCUCUUUGAGGACGCGAUGUACUGGACGGACUGGCACACGAAGACCAUCUCGACUGCGAGCAAGAUCAACGGGCGAGGUUUCCGGGUCGUCCACGAGGGUCUACACUUCCCGAUGGGCAUCCAGAGCUACCAUCCUUCCCGUCAGCCGGACUUCGCCAAUCGAUGUGCGUCGGACAAGAAUGGCCGCAAAGGUGGCUGUUCUCACCUAUGUCUCCCAGCAAGGACACACCGACGAUGUGCUUGCCCCAUCGGAUUGACCUUGCGGCCAGAUCAGAAGACCUGUUCGACAGUACCCGAUAAACUUCUGCUAAUCGCGCGCAAGAAGGACGUGCGAGUUCGCCAACUGGACGCAGCGAACCCGGUCGACAUGGUGUUACCUCUGGAUGGCAUCAAGUCAACGGUGGCAGUUGAUUGGUGUAGCCGCACGAACGUCAUCUACUGGACGGACGUUGGCAAGAGUGUGAUAAGCCGGGCGUUCAUUAACGGCAGCCGGCAGGAGGCCAUCGUGAAGGCGAACCUCAUCUCACCGGCUGGAUUGGCACUCGAUUGGGUCACGGAUAAGAUCUACUGGACGGAUCCAGGUACGAACCGCAUUGAGGCAGCGACAACGGAUGGACGCCAGCGGGCUUUGCUCAUAUGGGAGCGUCUGGACAAACCGAGGGACAUCGUAGUGCAUCCUGGCGAGGGCUAUAUGUUCUGGUCAGAUUGGGGUUCAAACCCACUGAUCGAACGAGCCGGCAUGGAUGGCACUGGUCGGUUUACGCUCGUAUCGGAGAACCUGCAAUGGCCGAAUGGGUUAGCGCUAGAUGUUGACAAGCAGCGGUUGUACUUCCUUGACGGUGGCACUAAGUCGCUUGAGUACGUCAACUACGAUGGUACAGGGCGUAACCGGCUCAUUACUGAGGGAUUGAAGCAUCCGUUUGGGCUAGACGUGUACGAGAAGCGCGUGUACUGGACCGAUUGGGACACACACAGCAUUCAGGUGGCCAACAUGUACACUGGGCAUGAGAGGCGUACUAUUCUUGCAAACAACACGGACCUGAUGGACAUCCGUGUGUUCCACCGGAACCGCCGAGACUCACGCAAUCCAUGUGCGCACAAAAAUGGUGGUUGUUCGUACAUCUGUCUACUCAACCCCAGUAGCUACAGUUGCGCAUGUCCCAUCGGCAUUCAGCUAAAGGAUAACGGCAAGACUUGCAAGAGCGGUCCAUCCAACUACCUGAUGUUUGCACAUCGCACAGAGAUACGGCAGGUGUCGCUAGAUAGUGACUACCAGAUCGAUGUGGUGUUGCCGUUGCCACCGAUCUCGAACGUGGUGACUCUGGACGUGGAUCGUCGCACGGGUGAAAUCUAUUGGGCGGAUACUAUUGAGGACGUGAUCAUGCGUUCUACACCUGACGGUAUGCGUAUCAAGCAGAUCUACAGCGAGAGCAUGACUAGUGUUGAUGGACUCGUCAUCGAUUCGAUUGGACGCAAGAUUUACUGGACUGACGCUGGUCGAAAGGUGUUGGAGGUGAGCGACCUUGAGGAGGGCAUCCGGAGCGCAUUGGUUUGGAAAGAAUUGGAGCAGCCUCGAGGUAUAGCCAUUGACUAUGAAUCGGGGUACCUAUUCUGGUCUGAUUGGGGAGCAAACCCACGUAUCGAGCGUGCCGACAUGGACGGUGAGAACCGCAUCGACCUAAUCACAGAGGGUCUGGGAUGGCCGAAUGGUCUAACCGUGGACAGGACGGCAAAGCGUAUCUUCUGGGCUGACGCGCAGAUGAAGACGAUCGAAUCCUGCAGCCUGUCAGGUGGUAUGCGAGCGAAGGUUGUCGACAAUCUGCCACACCCAUACGCACUGGCGGUAACUGGACGUACAAUCUACUGGACGGAUUGGAUCACAAAGGCACUACAUUCGGUGCCGAAAUCGAACCCGACGCAUAUCCGCAACGUUACACAUGGACUCGAGGGUCUGAUGGACGUGAAAGUAGUACAGGAGGACGAAGAACGACACCUGGAGAAUGUGUGCGGUGUUGGGAAUGGAGGUUGUUCGCAUCUGUGUCUGCGUAAUCCCACCGGAUAUUCGUGCAAGUGUCCCACGGGACUCACCAUGCGCGAGGGAAGCAUGACCGACUGCAAGAACCUACCUGAUGAGUAUUUGCUGAUCGCAUUACGCUCUGGAAUUGGACGUAUCUCACUCGACACGCCGGAUCUGUUCGAUGUGGUCCUACCGAUUGAGGGCGUCCACGGUGCGGUUGUACUCGACUAUCACUUCGAUAGUAUGUACGUCUUCUACGCUGAUGUCAACGUGGACGCGAUCCGGCGUGUCAACAUGCACAACUACUCCGACACGCAGGUGAUCGUGUCGAGUGGGCUGAACACGCCAAAUGGCAUCGCUGUCGAUUGGCUGGCGGACAACCUUUACUGGACGGACACAGCUCUCAAGAAGAUCGAGGUCGCUAGACUGGACGGGUCCUGCCGCAAGGCGAUCCUGACAGAUGGUCUGGAUGAUCCUCGCUCCAUUAUUCUCUACCCAAAGCGUGGAUUCGUCUUCUGGGCGGAUUGGGGCCAGACGCCCAAAAUCGAGCGCGCCUACAUGGAUGGAUCUGAGCGGCGGAGUGUGAUCGAUUUCGAGCUUGGCUUCCCAACUGGGUUGGCUAUAGACUUUGACGCAAAGAAGUUGUACUGGGCAGAUGCCCUACAGGAUCGCAUUGAGCUGUGUGAUUUUGAUGGACGUCGGCGUAUGCAGGUGGUGGCGCAUGCGACACACCCAUUCGGGUUCACGCUUACUGCGACACACCUCUACUGGACGGAUUGGUACAAUAAGUCGGUGUUGCGUGCACCCAAACACAGUGCCACCAACGUAGAGGUAGCUCGCUUCAGCCUGCGUGGCGCUCUUGAGAUUCGAGCCGUGUCAGGACAACGGCAACCGCACGAUUGGAACCCAUGUCGAACCGAUAACGGUGGCUGUUCUCAUCUCUGUCUGUACGCGGAGUCACGCUACGUGUGUGGGUGUCCCGACAUUCCGGAUGGACAUCACUGUGUGCUCGAACCGACGUUCCUGGUACCUAUGAAACCGAACGACGAGAUGUUAUCGGCGAGUGAGGAAAAACCGGGCCUCUCAAAUGGCUCUAUCGAGCUCACGAAAAGCAAGAUGCACGCGCAGCUCGUCAUCAUCGCCACGGCCAUCUUGGCCGGGCUGCUGAUCAUCGUCAUCAUCGCCAUCCUAGUGUUGAUUGUCAACUCGAAACGGAAGCAGACUAAGAAGAGCUCGCGCAGCGCAAGUGACGUGCUGACGUUCACCAAUCCCAACUACAACGGUAUCGACGGGCUAUGCCAGUCAGUAGACGCCGGUUCCUCGCGCAACACCAUCUGGAAGCGGCUCAAGUACGAUCGUGCUCAGGAGCGCGUUUUUGAGGAGAAGUACUUGGGUGUACAACAUCACAGCGCCAACGGGAGCUACCUGGCCUCGACUCCGUCAUCUCAGAUCACGCCGGUGUCAGCUGUGCUGCCCGUCUAA